GGUCGCUGAACCAGUUUCCUGCAUUGCAACCCACGCUCUUUUCCCGACCGUUUCCAUUGCACACCCAACAAUCGUCGUCACUCUUUAUAAGUACCUCAUCAUGGUCGCCUACUCGUCUCUUCUCCUCGCUCUUUCGGCUGCCUCGAGCGCCGUCGCUCUCCCCAACGGCAAGGCCCUGCUGGACAUGGCCAAGCGCAGCCUUACUUCAUCCGCGGAAGGCGAGAGCAACGGCUACUUCUACUCCUUCUGGACCAACGGUGAAGGCGAUGUGACCUACACCAACGGCGACGGUGGUGAAUACACCGUUGAGUGGACCGACUGCGGUGACUUCGUGGCCGGCAAGGGUUGGAACCCUGGCAGUGCUCAGGCCGUUACCUACAGCGGAUCGUGGGAAACCAACGCCAACGCCUACCUCUCCGUCUACGGUUGGACCACCUCUCCCCUGGUCGAAUUCUACAUCGUCGACAAGUACGGUGACUACGACCCCUCCUCUGGCUUGACCGAGCUCGGCACCGUCGACAGCGACGACGGAACCUACAAGAUCUACCAGACCACCCGCGAGGACGCCGACUCGAUCGAGGGCACUGCUACCUUCAAGCAGUACUGGUCCGUGCGCACUGAGGGCCGUAUCGGUGGAACCGUUACCACUCAGAACCACUUCGAUGCCUGGGAAAGCCUUGGUCUGGAGCUUGGUACCUUCAACUACAUGAUCGUCGCCACCGAGGGAUACGAGAGCAGCGGGUCUGCCACUAUCACCGUUGAUGCCUCUUCUGACAGCACUGAGGAGAGCUGCUAAACGCUCUU